GGAUGGAAUGGCUCCAACCUUCGCAAUCAAGCCGUCCAUUCAACAGACGAAUGAGACCACCCUUGUGUUCCACUGCUCAAUCGUUGCAGACCCCAGACCAUCAAUCUCUUGGUUCAGAAACGGCGUCAAGGUGCAAGACGACCCAAAGUUCCAGGUGUUGACAAAAGAAGUGAAUGGCUACACUUUUGACUGCUCUUUGUUCCUCUCAGAUGUCACAGUAGAAGAUGCAGGCAAAUACAAAGUCACAGCCCGAAAUGACCUUGGAGAGUCAAACGCUACCAUCAGCUUAAAUUUCGAUAGUGAUGAAGUCCCAGUUCCAAAGAAUGGAGUGCGUCCCACUUUCACGGGAAGACCCGUGAUUCGCCAAACUGAGGACGACGCGAGAAUUGUGUUCGAGUGUAAAUUGGUUGGCGACCCUUUGCCCGAGAUUUCUUGGUACCACAAUGAGACCAAAAUCUCGGCUUCCCGUCGCCACAAGUUCAAGAUUGAAGAGUCGGAGAACAAGUUGUUCUACAUUUGCUUCCUCGAAAUCCUGGACGUGGAGGCUUCCGAUGCGGGCACCUACAAGGCCGUAGCAAGGAGUUCCAUGGGCGAAGGUCAUGCCACAAUCAAUCUCAAUUUUGAAGAGGGAUUUGAUAUUGGUAACACUCCCAAAAUCCCCGAUGGCGUGCCACCUAGGUUCCCCAAGAAGCCCAGUAUCCGACAAGAGGGCGACAAUUUGAUCAUGGAGUGCCUUCUGGAAGCCCAUCCAUUUCCAGAAAUCACUUGGUAUCGGGGUGAAAAGUCCAUCAAGGAGAACAAGCGAAUACGCUAUGAGUGUGCCACCUUGAGAAGCCAUCGAUACCUCCUCACUCUUACCAUCAAAAAUCCAACUUUGGCAGAUGGAGGCAUGUAUCGAUGCAAUGCGUUUAACCCCUGUGGUGACAGCAAUGCCAAUAUCGAUCUGAACUUUGAUACUGGGGACGAUGAGGAGGAUGAGCAACGAGCACCUGGUGAUAUGAUGUCGGAUGGCUUGCCUCCAACGUUCACCGAGAAACCCAGGAUCAUUCCUAAUCCUACUGGUACUCUAGUCACCAUGAAGUUCAGGAUCAAGUCCAGACCCAAGUCUGAGAUGCAAUGGUACAAAGGGAAUCACAAGAUUAAAGAGGGGUCCAAGUUUAGGAGCAAAUAUAUCGAGAUUGGAGAGGAUGAAUACGAGAUCAUACUUGAAAUCAAUAAUCCAACGGCCGAUGACGGAGGAGAUUACAAAUGUAUUGUAAAGAACGAUUUAGGCCAGCUUCAAGCCAAAUUGAACUUGAACAUCGAGGCUGAGCCUGUCACUCCAACGCCUCCCGCCCAACAAAAGGCCACCCAACAGGAAGCCUCACAAACCGAGGCAUCUGCCAUUCAAUUACGAUCCGAGGCUGGUUCCGAACAAGAUGGGCAGGGCCUGGUUCAGGGUGAAGGCCAAAAUGGAGGACUGAUCAUGCAACACGAAGAAUCAUCGGGGUCGUCCUCGUCCUCUCGAAAGAUGAGCAAGACUACCAAGACCAUGAAGAAGACGAGCUCAGCUUCAGGUGAAAGCGUUUCCCAAACUGUUGAAGGAGAGGCUCACCAAGAGCAAGAUGAACAGAGUGAGACCACUGGCGAGGAUGGGAUGACCUCUCAAACCUCCUCGUCAAGUCAGAAGCAUGAACACAAGAAAGUGACUGUGAUCAAAAAAAAGCGGAAGACCUCUACUUCCCGAGAUUCCAGAGAGAGCUCCGUUGAAGGUCAACGAAGGGGAUCUAAAACCAAAGAGAUUGGCCUUGAGAGUGCUUCCAAACUCGCCAGAAAGGGAUCCACUGAAGGCGUCGAACGAAAAUCUUCCGUCUCCCGAUCUGAAGAGCGCAGAGAUUCUGCCACGUUGUCUUCCAAGGAAGAAUCCAUGGCUGUCAGGAGAAAAUCCUCCGAUAACCAAGGGGUAUCUCAAGCUCAAUACGACGAAUCUGAGCAAGUAGAAAGAAGCGAAUCAAUUCAAGCUCAACGCAAGUCAUCCAUGGAAGUAAGGAAGAAGACAUCCGUGGCUACUUCUGAGGAUGGCCAAAGUCAACAGAUCAGCCAACAAGAUGGCCAAGGCCAAUUGUCAACUCAAGAAUCCAUGCGACGUGAUUCCAAAUCUGGCGUUAAGAUUACGAAAAAGCAAAUCCGCAUCGUCAAGGAUGGAGAAGAAAGAGAGGCGAGAAGUGCCGAAGGGGAUGCACAUCAAGAGGAUGUUACCGAUGGCAACGAAUUCCACGAGGAGUCCAGUAAAUCAACCAACAAGAAGGUGGUGAUCAAGAAGAAGAUCAUCAAAAAGAAAAUGUCUGGCAAAGAGGUUGGAGAAGCCGCCUCUUUAGGACAAGACGUCCAUGAGACAGAAGACAUCUCAGGUGAGGCAGGCCAGGUGGUAGAAAUCCCGAUCGAAAAGGAACCUAUUGUCACUGAGGAUGAUGAUGAUCAAACUCAAAAGCGAAAGUCAUCCAUCAUCAUUGGUGAAGAGACCCUGGACGGAUAUGACGAUGGUGCUGCCGCCGAGGAUGCUGAGGUUAUCGUCACUUCGCCCACAGAAAAGGUCUUCCCCUCUGACACCGAGGAAGCUAGACAGAGUGGACAAUUCCAAUCAGACUCCAUGUCUUCAUCUUCUUCCAUGUCCCAGCAAAAGAAGAUUUCAAUCAAGAUGAAGGCUACCAAGAAAGGUGGCGAAUCAGAUGAUUCUGUUAUUGAAGAAGAAGAAAAGGCUCAGGAAAGCCAACCAGAAGCUCCCGGCUCUGAGACAACUUCUUCAACAACGGUAAGUAAGAAGAAAGUCGUGACAAAGAAAAAGAUUGCGGGGGCUAAAGGCUCCGAUGAGGUCCAAAUUAUUGAUGGUCAAGAGCCGCCAACUCAAGAUGUAAGAGGACCUCAAGUGGAGCCUGUGAUAGCUGAAGUCGAAGCUUCUGAACCAGAGAGCAGCCAAAUCGUUAGCCAACCUGAGGUGGUCAUUGAGCGAAAGACAUCUGCCUCGGGUAAGUCGGUCAAGGUGGUGAGAAAGGUAUCAAGAACCGUCAAAAAUGGCCAAGUUAUGGAGUCCACUGUUGUGCAAGAGGUCUACGACGACGGCACACCGGCCAAAACUCUAGAAGAGACCACCAAGCAAAGCCAAGUGCGACCCCGGAGACUCAACCUACCACCCAACCAGAGGUCACAAUAG